AUGAACGACACACGACUCUCGGACAAGGUCGUGGCCGCCACAGAGUCCCAGGAUGACGACCACGGAAAAGAACCCGUGGCCAGCCAGGGCGAGGCCGAAGUCCUCGCCGCUCCUCUCUCCGACAAGAGGCAGUCACUGUCCGACAUCUUCACCAUUUUUUGCUCCGGCUUCGCCCUCAUCUCCGACGGCUACCAGAACAACCUCAUGACCAUGACCAACGUCCUCUUCAAGAAGGAGUACGCCCGCCAGUAUACCUCUUCCGUCAGCACCCGCGUCUCCAACGCGCUCCUCGUCGGAGAGAUCCUCGGCCAGAUCGUCGUCGGCCUGACGUGCGACUACCUGGGGCGCAAGACGGCCAUCAUCGCAACCACGUUCAUGAUCGUCCUCGGCGGUAUCAUGGCCACGGCCUCGCACGGCGUCACCAUCGACGGCAUGUUCUGGAUGCUGACCAUUUCUCGUGGUAUCGUCGGCUUCGGUGCUGGUGGCGAGUAUCCCGCGGCCAGUGCCUCGGCCUCGGAGGCGGCCAACGAGCACACGCUGGGCCAUCGAGGGCCCGUCUUUAUCCUCGUCACUAACCUGCCACUCUCAUUUGGUGGUCCGCUGGCCGUCUGCGUCUUCCUCAUCGUCCUCUCCGCCGCUGGGGAGAACCACUUGUCUACCGUUUGGCGCGUCUGUUUCGGCAUCGGCGUCCUGCUGCCCCUGACCGUCUUCUACUUCCGUCUCAAGAUGCUCAACUCGAAGCUGUACCGCCGCGGUGCCAUCAAGAAGAGGGUCCCGUACAAGCUCGUGAUCCGCUACUAUUGGAAAGCCCUGAUCGGAACGUGCGGCGCCUGGUUCCUCUACGACUUCAUCACCUUCCCUAACGGCGUUUUUUCCGGCACCAUCAUCUCCAGCGUCGUCAAGACCGGCAGUCUCCGCAGCACAGCCGAGUGGCAGCUGCUCCUGGGAUCCAUCGCUCUUCCUGGCGUCUUCCUCGGCGCCUUCUUCUGCGACCGCCUCGGCCGCAAGAACGUCAUGAUGAUUGGCUUCUCCGGCUACCUGAUCUUUGGUCUCAUCAUCGGCCUCGCCUACGACAAGAUCGCCAAGAUCACCCCGCUCUUCAUCAUCUUCUACGGUCUCAUGCUCAGCUUCGGCAACUUCGGCCCGGGCGACAUGCUGGGCCUCAUCUCCUCGGAGAGCUACGCCACCAGCGUCAGGGGCACCUGCUACGGCAUCAGCGCCGCGGUUGGCAAGGCGGGCGCAGCCAUCGGCACGGAAGCGUUCAAGCCCAUCCAGGAAAAUCUCGGCAAGAAGUGGACAUUCAUCAUCGCCGCCAUUUGCGGUGUCGCUGGCAUCCUCGUCACCUACUUCUUUGUUCCUAAGCUUACCGGCGAGGACCUGUGCAAGCAGGAUGAGAAGUUCAGAGCCUACCUGCUGGCUAAUGGAUGGAAUGGUGAGAUGGGCGAAGAAGAUUUGGCUGCGCUGGCAGAAGACGUCGACGUUGACAUUCGAUCAGAGGAUGGUGUGCAGGAGAAAAAGACGACAGUAUAA